UAAACGUUGUCGUUUUAACGCUAAAACGCGCUUCGUAUCGCUUCAUACGGCGUCGGUUUUAAUGCCAAAAGGAGAGAAUAAUUUACUCACCGGAAAGCUCUCCAAGUCGUCUCCGUUUGGGUUCUUGACGAGGAGCAAACGCCAGAAUGCUGCGGAAGUCUGUUCUCGAGCUGUCGAUAAAGAGGUUCCCGAGGAAUCUGGGAUCUCAGAGAUUUCAUUUGAGAAAGGCCUCCUCUACUUCUGGUAAAAACGGUGUCCCUGGAGCUAAACCUGUAGGGAAACCAGAUGCCUCAAAAGUGCCUCCUCCUCCUCCUUCUGUGGGGAAACCAGAUGGCUCCAAAGGCGGUUCUUCGAAAGUGGUUAUUGGAGGCGCUGCCAUCGCUGGUGCUUUUCUGGUAGCGUAUCAGACUGGCUAUUUGGAUCAGUACAUUGGAAAUGAAAAGCAGAAACUAAGUGAGCUUGUUAAGUCUGAUGCUGUCACUGUAAAAGUUGAGGAGUCUCAUCAUUCGAGUGUAUCUCCCGGUGUUGAAGAUUCUGCUGGGAUUGGCUCAUCAGUGGAUGGUAAAGGUGAAACGCAACCUGAGGUGCAGAGUGAUAUAGAAGUGCAACCCGAGUCUGAUCCAACACCUGACCGUUACACAUAUGUUUCUACACCUCCAGAAAAUGUUGUUGUUAAAGCAGAGAAAAGCUUCCCUCUUUCUUCGGAUGACUCGAAAACUAAGUCUGAUGCGUCCCCAGAAAUUAUUUCAGAGGCAGAAAAUGUGAGGAUGGAAGCUGUACCAAAACCUGAGGACAGUACUGUCAUUAGUCCCCAGCCUGGUUCGGUUCUUAGUGAAAGUGAAGUGGAAUCUGCUGCACCAAAGGAUCCUGCCACUGAAAAGGCAUCUGAGGAUGGCAUUGAGCGGGAAGUGAAAACGCCAGGUUCUCUCCUUAAGGAAUACAAUCUAGACGGCAAUGGUACUGAAAGCAAUGGAUCCUCACCAGCUGGGGAGCAACUAACUAAUGAAACUGAGGCUCUUCCUAACUCAACUGAGGGGCUUAAAGAUGGCUACAUGACUCAGGAUGGAAAGUUGGUACUUGAUUUUCUGGAUGCCAUUCAUGCAGCUGAAGAAAGACAGUCGCAUUUGGAAGCCCAAGUUUUUGCUGAAAAAUUACGAACCUUGAAGGAGAAGUACGAAAAUGAGUUGAGAGAUCUUAGGGCACGUGAAUUAAUGCGUAUAGAGGAGGCGGCAAUAUUGGAUAAGGAGCUAAAAAGAGAGAAAACAAAAGCAGCCGCUGCUAUCAAGUCAAUCCAAGAGAGAAUGGAAGACAAGCUCAAAACAGAAAUUGAACAAAAGGAAAGUGAAGCUCAGUUGGCUUUGAGUAAAGCCGAAGAAAUGGCAAAAGCUGAGUUGACUGCGGCAAUUGUUAAAGAAAAGGCAGCACAGAUUGAGAAAAUGGCAGAGGCAGAUCUUAACAUAAAGGCAUUGCAUAUGGCAUUCUAUGCGCGAUCUGAAGAGGCUCGCAAAAGUCAUUCAGUUCAUAAGCUUGCAUUGGGUGCACUUGCUUUGGAAGAUUCACUCUCGAAAGGACUACCAAUCCAUAAAGAAAUAAGUAUGCUUCAGAGUUACCUUGAAGGCACUCACGAGGACUCAGUCUUGGACUUGGUUUUAUCAUCUCUUCCAGAAGAAGCAAAAUCCAAAGGAACCGAUACAACGCUGCAGCUAAACCAGAAGUUUGAUACUUUGAAAGGAACACUUAGACACUUCAGUCUCAUUCCACCUGGUGGCGGAGGAAUCUUAGCACAUUCACUAGCACAUAUAGCAUCUUGGCUCAAGUUCAAGGAAGUGGACCAAGCUAAUGGAGGCAUUGAAUCUGUUAUUAAAAAAGUUGAUAAUUACUUGGCCGAGGAAAAACUAGCAGAGGCAGCAGCUGCACUUGAAGAAGGCGUUAAAGGAAGUAAAGCGGAGGAAGUAGUCAGUGAAUGGGUGAGACUUGCAAGAAACAGAGCAAUUACAGAACAAGCUGUUACAAUUCUCCGAUCUUAUGCAACUUGUGCCAGCCUCACUUGAUCAUUCCCCUCUCAGAUCUUCCAUUAAAAGGUAACUUUUUUAAUUCGAUACUCGAGAGUCCUCGGUUUCCUUGAUUUUGCGGGAAGUAGUACCAACCCUUUUUUGGUCAGAGGAAGAAUCAAUGGUUGUUACAAUACUCUCUUCUUGUGUUUAUCUCUGCAAGAUUAAUCAGACAGUGUUUCUUUUGGGAUUCAAUCACCGGUUUGGUGUUUAAAAUCACAGUUUCUCGAGAGAGAGUUGGUUUCAGGAAGUGUGAAUCAAAAUAAGAGAAUCUCAUGAAUUAUGAUUUCAAGUUUUUGUUA